AUGGUUUCCAUGGCUGUUAUCUGCAGCUCCGUCGCCGCCCGCCUGCUUCAUCUACAGGGGACGAGCGGCAGGAAGGUGGUGGAAGCUGCCAACGCCACCACCUUCAACUGCCACAUCAACUACACCAACCAGACCCAGGUGCUGGUGCCCAGCUUCGACUCGCGCCUCUACAUGCUCUGCUUCCUGCCCGCCUUCAUCCUGCUGGUCUUCACGCCCAACCUGAAGUUCCUGGCUCCGCUGUCACUGGUGGCCAACCUGAUGAUGACGGCCAGCCUGGUCCUGAUCUACUUCUACUCUCUGACCAACAUCACGUAUCCCAUCAACCUCCCCAAAGUGGGCCGAGCCAAAGACUACCCACUCUUCUUCGGGACGGCCAUCUUUGCCUUCGAAGGCAUCGGAGUGGUCCUUCCUCUGGAGAACAAGAUGCAGAGGCCUCACACCUUCACCUUGGUGCUGUACCUGGGCAUGGGCAUCGUCACCUUCCUCUACAUCAGCCUCGGCACCAUCGAAUACAUGUGCUUUGGAGACGACAUCGGAGGAAGCAUCACACUCAACCUGCCCAACUGCUGGACCUACCAGACCGUGAAGCUCCUCUACUGCUUCGGGAUCUUCAUCACCUUCGCCCUGCAGUUCUACGUGCCGGCAGAGAUCCUCAUCCCCCCCGCGGUGGCCCGCGUGCCGCCGCGCUGGGAGACCGCCGUGGACCUGACGCUGCGCACCGUGCUGGUCAUCUUCACAUGCGCCCUGGCCGUCCUCAUCCCGGAGCUGGACCUGGUCAUCUCCCUGGUGGGCUCGGUCAGCAGCAGUUUCCUGGCGCUCAUCUUCCCGCCGCUGCUGCAGAUCCUGACCUUCCACACGGAGGACCUGUCGCCGCUGGUCACUGUCAAGAACGCCAUCAUCAGCGUGGUGGGGCUGGUGGGCUUCCUGGCGGGGACGUACAUCGCCAUCGAGCAGAUCAUAGCCCGGAACGCCCUCAAACACGAAGAGACGCUCUCGCCGUUCAUGGUGCAGUGA